AUGGCUAUCCAACCACGAGAUUUACCAGAGUCACAGUGUUUGCACCAGUGUUUGCAAAUACAUUUGCCUGCUGAUGGAAACCGAAUGCUCUCUCCUCAGCCGCAGCUGCCCACCAGCUGCAGGCUAGGCGCGCCCACUGGCCCUCCCGGAGGCAGCCACCCCCAGCCUUCUCCUCGCGCGCUGCCGGCGUCUCCCACCCGCGCUGUUCACCGCAACGCCUCAACCGUCACUGUUGGGCCAGUGUGGCUCCAGGUCAGCGGAGCCAUGUUCCUUCUUCUGGUCUUUCUCACCGUUCUCAGGGGACUGCACGGAGGCCCCAAUCUUCAUAAAAAGUUUGUGCAGACCACAAUUCCUGAAAAGAUUUCAACGUCUGAGGCAAUCAAAGAUCCAGAAAAUAAUGUGGCUUACGUCAUUACAAUAGGAGGAAAUCCAUAUUUUGUCCAUCUCACAAAGCAGUCCUUUUUAUCUUCAGCUUCUGUUGUUUAUUUUUAUGACAAAAAUGAUGUCCAACAUCAUCAGCCUUUGUCAUCUCAGAUGGAUUGCAAUUAUCAUGGAUAUGUUGCAGGUUUUCCAAAUUCUCUUGUAUCACUCAACAUUUGUUCAGGACUCAGGGGAACACUGCAGUUUAAAAACAUCUCAUAUGCACUUGAACCAGUUGAGUCUAUAUCAGGAUUUGUGCACAUGAUUUAUGAAGAAAAAAAUGAUGUAAGUGCUAUCCCUCUGUUACUGGAAAAUGAUACUUACAGCUAUGAGAGAUCACAGUAUAAAGUCAGAAAAAGUUCAGAAAGAUCUGGCCAUACCAAAUUAUUCUCCCGAUACAUUGAUAUGUAUAUUGUUGUGGAUAAAAAUCUGUUUGAUUACAUGGGCUCUGAUAUAAACACUGUAACACAGAAGAUUAUUCAGAUCAUUGGCCUUGUUAACGCCAUGUUUAUCCAGUUAAAACUUACUAUUAGAAUAUCUUCCAUAGAGAUUUGGUCAGAUAAAAAUAAAAUUUCUACUGAAGGACCUCCUCAUAAUGUUUUAUAUCAAUUUUUAAACUGGAAGUAUGAAUUUACCUCGCAAACUCAUCAUACUGCAUACUUAUUUGCCUUCAAGAAAAAUCCUACUUUUAUAGGAGUCACAGUUCCUGGAGAAAUAUGUGGUAAGCUUGCUGUUGGAGGAGUUGCUCUGUAUGUAGAGGGUUUAUCGUUGGAGUCAUAUGCUGUCAGUAUCGUGCAGUUGCUUGGCCUUAAUGUGGGAAUGAGUUAUGAUAAUACUGAGAUCUGCCAUUGUUCAGGGGAUGUUUGCACAAUGUCACCAGAAGCUUUACAAUCUGGGGGUGUAAAGGAUUUUAGCACCUGUAGCUUGGAUGACUUUAAAUAUUUUGCUGCAUAUUCUGGCAUUGAAUGUCUUCAUAAAAUCCUUCCUGAUGAGCCAGUUUACAAACAGAGGAGGGUGUGUGGCAAUGGAAUAUUGGAAGCGGGUGAACAAUGUGAUUGUGGCACUGAACGGACGUGUACUCAUCCAGGCUGCUGUGAUGCUAGAUUAUGUAUAAAGAAAAAUGGUGCAGUAUGUGGUUCGGGGGAAUGCUGUUCAUCGAGUUGCAAGAUAAAACCAGUUAAUACACCUUGUAGGAAAGCAGUUGAUGAAUGUGACUUUGAAGAAUUUUGUAAUGGGAAUGAAUCAAUCUGUGGGCCUGACACUUACGCACGUAAUGGAGAGACUUGUGAGUCGGGUGACGCCUACUGUUAUAACGGACGGUGUAGGUCUAUUAACAAACACUGUAGCAGAUUAAUUGGAGAAGGGGCUAGAGGUGCUCCUCCUAGUUGUUUUGAUGAAGUAAAUGCAAGAGGAGAUAGAUAUGGAAACUGUGGCAGAAAUUUUUGUACGUUUAGUCACACAUUGUGUGGAAAAUUAGUUUGUGCCUGGCCAUAUAAAACUUUAGUAUCACAAGCAAAUUUAUCUGUGAUCUAUACGCAUGUACGAGAUGAAAUGUGCGCAUCAGUAUUUCUGAAUGCCGAGAGGUUACCUAGAGAUACAUUUACCACAGUUGAAAGACCUGAAGACAGAGAUAAAACAUUUGUAGAAGAUGGCACUAUAUGUGGCCCUGGAAUGUAUUGUUUGAACUUUUCCUGUAGAGAGGUUAGAUUCCAAAUAAAUACUACACAAUGCAGUAAUGAUGUUGAUUGUAAUUCAAAAGGAGUAUGCAACAAUUUAAAUCAUUGCCAUUGUUUGAAAGGGUUUGCGCCUCCUAACUGCAAGCCCCUUCUAGGAGGGUUUGGAAGUGUCGAUGAUGGACACCAGCACAAAGCUGAUCUGUGUCAGAAGAAAGCAGCACUAACAGCAAGUCAUUCCCCAGUGCCAGAUACUAGCAAAACCAAAUUCAACUGCACAUGGAAAGGAUUAUGCACCAUGGCAAAGCGAUAUCAUGGGAGUGCCAGGAUGGUUCAACAUAUGAAAAUUAAUCAAUGUGAUAACACCCACCACACUAACCAGAUGAAGAAUGAAAACGACAAGAUUGUCUCAGCCGCCGCUGCUCACGCCCUGUGCAGCAGGAAAAAGAAAGCCAAACACUACACGCGGGUGGAGCCUGUUCUUCCUUCACUGUACCUCUGGUGCCCUCUGCUGGCUAGACCUACCACUGCCUUCACUAACGGAGAAAAUAGCGUUCAAUCCGUUAUUGCAGAGCAGCCUGACACCAACGUGCCUCAGGUGACCAGAAGUGGCCCUAGCAUGGGGGAGCCUUUAAACUUGGACACCAGUUUGCAGUUGGACCAAUUUGGUAAGAAGUCUCAAAAAUGGAGGGAGGUCGAGUAUGUGCCCUCUUUAUGA